UUGCGUAUAUAACUUGCAACCAUCUUUUAGACAUAAUUUAUAGUUUGGUCUUUUAUUCAGGUCUACAUGGCUUGCAUUGUGCAUGGUCAUCGAAUUGGAGUUUCUUAUUAUGAUUCAAGUGUUCGCCAACUCUAUGUGCUGGAAGUUUGGGAAGAUGUAAAAUUUCAAGCCAAGCCCCUGAUCAUUUACACAAGCACUAAAAGUGAGGAGUCCUUUUUGACCGCUUUACAGCGAAAUGAUGGAACAUGUGAGGCUUCUCUGAAGCUUGUGAAAAGUUCAAUAUUUAGCUAUGAGCAAGCAUGGCACAGGUAUGGAAUUGUAAGCAAAAUGUUGUACCCACCUUUUCUUUUCUGUUAUUAUGUUUAGGCUUUGUGUAAGUUGAAUGCGUCUUAGAGUUUCAUCGAAUAUCUGAACAAAGUUUUAUUUGACUGUU